AUGGCAUUAGGACGCAAGAAUGCUACUCGUCUUCCUCCAGAGGUAAAUAGAAUCUUGUUGGUGAAAAAUCUGCCCUAUAACAUAUCAGCGGAAGAAAUGUAUGAUAUUUUCGGCAAGUAUGGUGCUAUCCGUCAAAUUCGCAUCGGCAACACUCCUGAAACGAAAGGAACUGCUCUGGUUAUCUAUGAAGACAUUUUCGACGCUAAGAACGCUUGUGAUCACCUCAGUGGCUUUAACGUUUGUAACCGGUAUCUCGUAGUUCUGUACUACCAGAGAAACAAGCAAUUCAAGAAAACUGAUGUAGAUAAAAAGAAAGAAGAAUUAGAUCGGUUGAAGGCAAAAUAUGGAUUAAAUACUCCGAAAAUGAAAUGA